AUGUCACAGAUCACUAUUACUGCCAAACCGUCAUCUUCAACUACUCAAAUAACCGAGAAACUAUUAGCAUCAUGUCGACCUACCAAGUUAUUUGAUUAUCAUCAAGGUGCAUCAAUCACAUCACUUGAUUUUGAUGAUUCUGGUCAAUAUUUAAUAUCAGCAGGUAUUGAUAAAUCUAUACAAUUAUAUGAUUGUCAUAAAGGUAUUCAUUAUAAAGAUAUACAAUCUCAGAAAUAUGGUUGUCAUCUGGCAAGAUUUACUCACCUUGAUUUGAAUUGUUUAUAUGCUUCAACUCCAAAUAAUCCUCAAGAAAAUGAUAAUGCCAUAAGAUAUCUUGCUUUAUCAAAUAAUCAAUAUAUACGAUAUUUUAAAGGACAUAAAGAACAAGUUAGUUCAAUUGAAGUUAAUCCAAUUCAUAAUACAUUUUUAAGUUCUAGUUUUGAUGGAACUGUAAAACAUUGGGAUUUAAAAUCUUCUUCAUCAAUUGGUAAUAUUGAUAUUGGACAAAAUUCAAUAAUUGGAUUUGAUCCUCAUGGAAUUAUAUUUGCAAUUGGGAAAUAUCCUGAUGAAAAUAGUACAAUUGGUUCAAUUGGUUUAUAUGACCUAAAGACAUUUGAUAAAGGUCCAUUCUUACAAGUACUGAUUCCAGUAUCAAAAGGUCAAAUUUGGAAUAAAUUGGAAUUUUCAAAUAAUGGGAAAUUACUUUUAAUUUCAACUGAAUCUUCAGAACAUUAUAUUCUCGAUGCAUUUCUGGGUAAAGUACUUGCAAGAAUUCAACUAGAUAAGCAAUCACCUAGUCAUAAUCAUACUCAACCUAAGAAUUGGAUGUCAUUUAAAUAUCCUUAUACUGGAAGUUGUACAUUUUCACCUUGUGGUAAAUUCGUCUUAAUUGGUAGCCCAUACUCAAUUGUACAUAUUUUUGAUUUGAAUGAUUUAAAAACAUCAAGAGAUCAUAAUUCAGAUCUUGAACCAAUUAUAUUAACAAAAUCAAGCAAUAUACAAAGUACUCAUGGAAUACCGAAAAUUGUAGCAUUCAAUCCAAAGUUAUUUACUUUUGCUACUGCUGAUACAACUGUAACAUUAUGGCUGCCUACUUCAAAGUAG